UGGGGUGCAUAGACAAACGUGCCCCUCCUCGCCCUAAUGUUGGGAUAAUAGGGGGUGUAAAGUGCAUUUGAACUUGCAGCUAGAGCUGAGAAGCACUCCGGCACGAAGCGGCGACACUCUAUCUUUGUGUGCUACUGCUAAAUGCGCCAAUUAAUGUAAGGAUACGGUGGGACUGCUUAACAUAUGAGUGGAUUUGCAGUUGGAAUUCUUAAACGUUUACAAAUGAUGCCUCACAUGUUUACACACCUGCUCUGCUUGGUGUGUCUGUGCUCUGCUCUUCCUUUGCAAGCACCCUCACACCAAAUAAAGCUGAAGACAACAUCACCUGUCAGAGCGUCACUAGCAGGCUACACACUUCUGCCAUGCCGCUUCUCAAUAUCCUCGGACUUUCUGAGCACUUCCACACCUCCCCAUCAGAGUGAUCCACUGAGGAUCAAGUGGACAAAGCUGGAGGAGGAUGGGGAGAAGCUGGUUAUGGUUUCCCAGGGAGGACAAACGAAGGUGGAAGAAAAGUACAGGGACAGAGUAAAGCUGUACCCAUCUCCAAUGUCCCGUCGAGAUGCCUCUUUGAUGAUUCGCAAACUCAGGGUCAGUGAUUCAGGGCUGUACCGCUGUGAGCUGAUUCUUGACAUGGACACCAUCCAGGGCACUGUCAGCCUCAACAUCACUGGUGUUGUUUUCCAUUACAGAGCUAAAAGCGAUCGCUAUUCUCUGGAUUUUCCAAGUGCUAUUGGAGCAUGCCUCUCAGCCGGUGCUGCUAUUGCUACACCCGAAGAACUUACUGCUGCGUAUGAAGAUGGCUUGGACCAGUGUGAUGCUGGCUGGCUUGCUGACCAGACAGUGAGAUAUCCAAUUACCCAGCCUCGACCAGGCUGUGGAGGUGACCUGAUGGGCAAACCAGGAGUGAGAACAUAUGGGGUCCGAGAACAAACGGAGAAAUAUGAUGUAUAUUGCUUUAUAGAUCAGGUGCAAGGUGAAGUUUUUUAUCCACCAAUUAAAGAGAAGCUCACAUUUGAGCAGGCCAAGGCUGAAUGUGAGAAACACAGCACAAAUCUGGCCUCCCCUGGUCAGUUGUUUGCAGCCUGGAGGGCGGGGCUUAAUCGCUGUGACAACGGCUGGCUCUCUGAUGGUAGUGUCCGCUACCCCAUUAACAUCCCCAAACCCCAGUGUGGUGGUGGCCAGCUGGGGGUGCGAACACUCUACAGGUUUGAAAAUCAGACUGGCUACCCUGACCCUGAAGAUAAACAUGGAGCCUACUGCUUUAAAGCUAUAGUACCUGAGCCGACCACUUCUGAAACCCCCAUAGACUUGGAGGAGUUUGACAGGACCAUCAGCACUACAGCUCCUCCAGACUCUAAGAGACUUCAAAUCCAAACACAUGAAUAUGAGCCAGUGCCCCACACUACUCAUAAACCUGAUUACACAACUUCAGCCCCCCAUUUAGAAAUCAUCCAUACCCCCACUGUUGCCACAGUCCAUGUGACUCCUACUCCUAUAUAUGAUUAUGAUGUCCAAGAUUUUGAAAAUGGGACUUAUUUAGAGUCUGUCCCUAUCAGAGGAGAUGUUUUGUCUCCAUUGGAGACCCCACCUACACCUCCCAAUCAUCUAGACAGCAUAUACAUAGGACAGGGUAGAAGUCCCACUGUGCUGAGAGAAGGUCAGAGUAGUGCCAGUGGAGAGCCAGUUAGAGAUAGUCUUUUAGAAGACAGACUUGUGGUCACUCCCACACAGAUGCAGGGCUCUACAAAUCCAAAUAUGGGAACAGAUAGUACCAAGAUGGAAGUGAGGGGUAUUACCCCAGAGGUAGUGACUCCAGAGCCUGUCACUGUAGAUCCAGGUAUCCCAGUGGAUAGUGUGGAAAUGGUUCAGCCUGCAGUGGUCUUCAAAGAGGAUGUCACCCCUGGACAGUUUGACCAGUCAGCAUCAAGUGCGAUAGAUGGAGAGUCAUCUGGCAAAUCUCCCAUUCACGUCAUCAUCGUCAAUGUGCACAGUCAAAACCAAUCUGUUGAUGAUGUCCUGAGGUUUCUGAACCAGCCUGGACCUGUGCCUCUCUUCCCCCAGAUCUCCGACCUGUCCCUAGGCAGCAACCACGUCACUGAUUCCUUUGAGGCAUCUCCCAUCAACUUGCCCUCAACAAUCAGUUUUGUAAAUGGGAAACAUGAGGUGACAUUUAAACCUGAUCUUCCUGAAGAGGCCAGAGGAGAUCAGUUUGAAAUUGCCACACCUGUUCAGAUUGAAAAGGAACAAGAGGAGGAUGUGGAUGAUGUUGAAACUGUCACUCCUUUUGACUAUGGAGCUAUUGAGGUGCAUACAAAGACUAAUACUGACAACUCUCCCUCUACUGGUACCAAUGGUGAUCAUGCUUCUGAAGAGCAGCCAACAAGUCCUGAAGCUAACACCUCACUGACAUACACUGCUGCACCAAUCACUUCUCCAGGCUUGGUCUCGUCCCAGGUGGACUUCCCUAAAGGCCUGUCUACAUACGAGGACAUGGAAGGGUCAGGAGGCAAGGGGCCAGAAGAUUCCUCCUUUGAAGGUUCUGGGAGUGGCGUGUUUCCUACUGCCAUUGUGUCAGACGUCAGGACAGAUGAGACGGAGAUGGGCGGAGUUGAGGUGACCACUUUAAUCCCUGACCUGAUGACCACAACCUCCAGCGUCAAGGUCCAAACGGAGGAGUUUGAAGGGUCCACCUCUGGAGAAGAGGAGACUUCAGGUCAGGAUGGUUACCCCCUAGAGAUGCGUAGAUUUACAAGCACUCUUUCACCAAUUUUCUUUACAUCCCUACCUAAAAUGGAUGGUGAUAUAAUGGAAGUACCAUUAGUUCAACAUGCCACAGCCGUGACGACAAGUUCUAAACAUUUGGAAGGAGAAGUGGAACUCUCUGGGAAAAAUGUUAUUACUUCGCUAUCAUCAACGGCAGGGCCACACGAACACUCUACACAUUCUUCUUUGGUGGCAACAAGUGGUACAGUAAUGGAAUCUCACUUGCAAAAACAGACCCCAGUAUCCUCUCUUGCUUCAAAUUAUCCUAUCACUUAUUCUACAGUUACUGCCAAGUUGGACACCACAACACUUCAUCCUGAAAUAGCACACAAAACUAUCACAGAGGACCAAACUGUGCUGUCCACAACCAGAGUCUCCAACUCCACUAUGCCUCCAUUGUACACCUUUGACCAAAGCACCAACUCAGUCCCUGCAUGGGCUCUCAUCCCAGAUCCUGAUGCUACUCCUUUGCCAGACGAUUUCAACGAGUACGAUAGAGAGAUGGUGCCACCUUUGGAGUCCCAGCCUAAGAUACCAGCAGAGAGAGCAGCCAUAGAGCAACCAGAAGCAGUCACACACCCUACCUUUUCUGUGGAAGCCAGCACUGUCAAUAUCAGAGAUCUGCUGCCAUGCGCUUCAAGUCUGUGUCUCAAUGGCGGCUCCUGCUACAAAAAAGGCUCUGAAAACAUGUGUGUCUGUGCACCUGGAUACAGCGGGCAGCACUGUGAAACUGAUGUCGAUGAGUGCCAGUCCAGCCCGUGUUUGAACGGAGCCACCUGUCUGGAUGGGGUCAACUCUUUCACCUGCCUCUGCCUGCCCAGCUAUGCAGGGGAGCUGUGUGAGCAAGACACAGAGUUGUGUGGAUUUGGUUGGCAGAAAUUCCAGUCUCAUUGUUACAAGUAUUUCACUCACCGUCGGACCUGGGACUCAGCUGAAAGAGAGUGUCGACUACAUGGCGCCCACCUCACCAGCAUCCUGUCAAAUGAAGAACAGCUAUUUGUAAACCGGCUGGGCAGCGAUUACCAGUGGAUAGGCCUGAAUGACAAAAUGUUUGAGAGAGACUUCAGAUGGACUGAUGGCAGACCAAUGCAAUAUGACCAUUGGAGGCCCAACCAGCCGGACAGCUUUUUCCAGUCUGGAGAGGACUGUGUGGUGAUGAUCUGGCAUGAGGGAGGACAGUGGAAUGAUGUACCAUGCAACUACCACCUCACUUUCACAUGCAAGAAGGGAACAGUGUCAUGCGGCCAGCCUCCACUUGUAAAGGACGCGCGAGUGUUUGGAGCCUUGAAGCCUCGUUAUGAGAUCAACUCAUUGGUGCGUUAUCACUGUAAUCAGGGCUUCAUCCAGAGACACACUCCCACCAUACGCUGUCGGGCCAAUGGCCAGUGGGACAUCCCCAAAAUCACCUGCAUAAGUCCGGCCAUGUACCACAAGGCUUUGACUAUCAAACACCGCAACAAAGACAACCAGCAGCAUCUAAACAAGCACUUUAACCACCACCUCCAUAUCACAAAGAGCCAUGCUAAACACAAUCAAGACCAAAAUAAUUAUGGCAUUUUUCAGCGAAUCUGGAAUCCUUUUCAGCAACUUCUUAAGAAACAGCAGCCUCACAACCAGGCUCAGAAUGAGCACAUGGGACCUUGACCUCAGGUUUGAGUUUAGGGUUUCUAACCUUUGGUUCAGGAGCAUGAAUGGAGAGAAACACUCCUGUCUGUGUCUCAGUGCCUCACUAAAAUAUAUGGGUUAUUUUUCUUAAAUAUGGCUCAUUUUAAGCCCAUCAGUGAGGUGUUUUAUCUCACAUGAUCUCAUACUUCUGCUUAAGACGGCUCCAUGGAGAAUGUGAACUUCAAUGCCUUCUGUGAAAUAAAGAAUCCAAAUAUUAGAUAAAUUAUCACAGCUGUUUAGGCUGGUUUUUAAUUGUUUAUAGAUGAAUGCAAAGAGUAUAAACAUUAAAUGUUAACUUUAAGACAUUAUUGUGUUGAUUUUUAUAGUUGAUAUAAUUUUUUAUGCAAAAGUUUUAUACAAAAUCCAACACAAAGGUGUUUUUUAAACAAAGAAGGGAGUUUGAUCAUGAACAAUAUUUAAGGGGUAACAAUAAACCAAGGCACAGCUGUGUGUUUGUAGGUGACACAAAACCAUACUUUUUUACAGUAAGCUGUAAUGUGCCUGGAUCGCCUGUGUCAUUGUGGGAAAGUAUGAAUGUUUAAUACGUUCUUUACAGGCUCAAUGUUUUCAAUACCGCAAAUACGAGGCCAUUUAAUUUAAAUUAUUUUAUUCAAUCUUUGAAUGGACUGUGAGACUAAUGAUGUCAUUCUUACUGUUUACUGAAACGAUGUUUAGGAACCUAAUUUGUUUUAUGCACAAAUCAAAUGUCUUUAUUUCCUCACCAGUCAAUGCUUCAAAUGGUGGUCUUUCCCGCAGAUCUGGGAUCUGUUGUAUUGUACCAGUAUUAAAUUGAGCUGUGAAAUUGUGACUGUUUAUGGAAACUAAUCUGUCAGUAGAGCUUUGGUGUCACACUCAUUUAUUUCACCUCUUCCAUUCCAAAUGUAUAUAUUUUUUAAAGUAAAUAUGCAGAAUUGCAGGAGGUCCAUGCAGUUAUGUAAAGACUCAAGAGCUUAUUUGUAUGUUAGUCUUAUCAUAAUCAAGUUACUCUCUGUCUUUGUCUUUUGUCACUGUCAGAUAUUUGUGCAAUAAAAUGGUGAAUUUGAAA